CUCACCAUGACGCUUAGGUCAAAGAAUUGAUCCACCGUGGUUCGCCUCUCCACCGCGAGUCGGUGCUUGCAGCCGCUCGGCGCUUGUCUCCAUCCGGUGCGGCCUGCCGUUGGUUGAGGAACGCGAGGGAGAGACGAGUGGGAGAUAAGAGGAUCUGCUCGCUGCCAAAUCGGCGGGCGCGCAGCAGUCAGCCGUCGCCUGAUUCUCUCCGUCUCCUCUUUCAUGUACUUGUUCGCACAUGAGCCAAUGUUUCCUACACCAGAUUCCUGUGUGAGCCAUGGUUUCCUGCCUGUGAGCUCCGCUCACUGCCUGUGCGCCUAGGUAGACGCUUCAGCUGCCCUACUGCCUAAGGCAGACGCCUUUCAUCAAUGUCGAAGGCGAGCUCGAUGCCCUGCUGUCCAAGGGCACUCUGAUGCCAAAGCAGGCGACACCUUUAGAACAAUGCUGCUGAAAUAUACCUACUGAAUCAGCCUCUUCUCGUCAUUGAGAGGCAUGAUAUGAUAUUUGAUUAAUUAUUGCCCUGCACAUGCUCAUCCUUGUUCAUUUGUUUAUCAGGUUGUUUGGCUGAGACACUUUCAGACUUUUAAGGACAAGUCUAGCGCCCUUAAUCAAAACACUGGUGUUAACAGAAGUCUUACUGAGAUGAUAAGGAAGUGCCACUACCCUGGGCAGAGAAUGGUUGUUGGAAAGCCUGAAUAUAAAAAAAUCAUUGAAGAAAGAUUGAAAAUAACCUGCCUGUAUGAUCCAACUGUGAUGGAGUGAAUGUGGGGCAUAUAGAUUUGCAUGCCCAGUUUGAUCCCUGAAGAAGAUUCUUACCUGGCUGAAGAUGACUGCGUCCCGAUAAGUCAGGGACUGCGAAAUGUCUUGAGUCGUUAUGACUGUAAUUAUGUCAACUCAGAGAUGGUCAAUGAGCGAAUUAUUAUGAUGGCUUACAUCUUGCAUGAGUGUGAUACUUUUGAGAAAGAGAAGUCCGGAGAUUUGCACCGUGCAGCUUCUCUCAUCAAGGAUGUGUCAGGCAUCGACACCGAGGGCUGGGGCUUACGGAAAAUAGCAAUAGUUGUGAUGAAGAUAUGGUGCGUUGAGCAAGCUGGCAAUUCCUGUGAGGUAACUGAGGGUGUUGUCUUCACAUUUUCCUGCAUGGGCAAGAAAGGGACAUAUCUGAUGCAGAUUUCAGAAGACGAGGUAUCAAGGUUGCUCAGUGAUGCAGAUAAAUAUGAAGUUAAACUGGAUAAGGACGCCUGCUCGAAAGUCUCUAGACAAAUGCUGAAAGUUCUUGAUUUCAGGACUAGAAAGAAAGGACUACUGAAAGAAUUUGUUGAUCAGGCCAAGGAAGCAUAUGAAGCCGAAUAGUGGAAGUGCAUGGCAAGCUAAUAAACCAUAGGCUCAUAGCAUGCUAAAAGUGUUGCAGCAAACUAAUUUGUUAUUUAGUCUGAAGAGUAGGUCUUGGUUGACUUUAUUAUGAUUUUGGUUAUUUAUCUUUGCUACGCUACUUUUUGUCGGACAUGUGAGAAUAUUGGGAACGUCGUACCCUAUCGAGGGCGACGGUUGCGUGU